UAUUUUUGGGAAUUAUGAUUCUUUUGAAUUUAAGGGCAGAUAUUAAAUUCGAAAGCUCAUUUUCCCAAUUUAGAUUUUUUAACUAUAUGUGGCGCUGAAGGUAUCUUCCUUCGAAUAAUUGUAGGUGUCUCUGCAAGAGAGAGGGGGCACAGUCGCAAAUUUUUGUGGGGACAAUAAGUAAAUAAAAUAUAAUAAAAAUGCAGGUUAUGUAGGUUAUGUAGUCGUUUUUCGAUUAGAUAAAAAGCAGUGACGCAAUUAAUCUCACGGUAAAUUGUUAAUUUCGUUCAAAGUAACGUACAGAACAUGUAGUUGUGAAUUUUCGUGUAUCCAGUGUUAAUUUACAAUAAUGGUUUCUGUCACCCAAUGUCUCGAUGAUAAUAGCAGCGAUGGACAUUCAUUCUUUAAAAGAGUUGGAUCAGCUUUAUUCUACGGAAUAGCUUCUUUUAUGAUAACUGUUGUUAACAAGACAGUUCUAACUUCUUAUGGAUUCCCAUCGUUUCAAGUUUUAGGGUUAGGUCAAAUGACAGCAACUAUAAUAGUGCUUUUCAUAGCAAAACAGCUACGAAUUGUUAAAUAUCCUGAUUUAGAGCCUAAUACAUUUCGAAAAGUAUGGCCUCUCCCACUUAUAUACGUAGGAAAUAUGCUUUUUGGCCUAGGAGGAACCAAAGAAUUGAGUUUACCAAUGUUCACUGCAUUGCGAAGAUUCUCCAUACUUAUGACAAUGGUUUUGGAGUUGUACAUUUUAGGAAUAAGGCCUUCUUUCAGUGUACAGUUUAGUGUGUAUAUGAUGGUCGCGGGGGCAGUUUUAGCUGCAUGUGAUGACUUAGGAUUUAAUCUACAGGGUUACAUAUUUGUCUUACUAAAUGACUUCUUCACUGCAACUAAUGGGGUGUAUAUGAAAAAGAAGCUGGACUCAAAAGAGUUAGGAAAAUAUGGGCUUAUGUUUUACAAUUCAUUGUUCAUGAUUUUCCCAGCACUGUUCUUUGCUUAUUACAGUGGUGAUUUGGAGAAAUCUUACAAUUUUGAAUCAUGGACAAAUGUUGUGUUUCUUGCACAGUUCCUGAUGUCGUGUGUUAUGGGAUUUGUAUUAUCCUACAGUGUAGUGCUGUGCACCUUGCACAAUUCUGCUUUAACAACAACAAUCAUCGGGUGCUUAAAAAACAUUCUAGUGACGUAUUUGGGGAUGGUCAUUGGGGGUGAUUACAUCUUUUCGUGGAUUAACUUUGUUGGAUUGAACUUUAGUGUUAUUGGAAGUUUGCUGUACACUUAUGUGACAUUUAGGAAGAAAGAAACCCCUGCAUAUAUCCCAGUGCCCAUGGAAAACUCGAGAAGUGCUAAUGUUGUAUAGCGAUGGUUUUUCUUUAGGUCAUCUUAUAAAAAAUAAAGUAAGGUUUCCAUUGAAACUUUAGUACUUCAGUA